AUGGAAGAUUCUGGAGCGAUAGGAAAGUCACCUGCUAGUGAGGUCCAUGGCGUUGAGGGACGCUAUGCCGCAGCCCUUUAUUCUGCUGCCUACAAGCAAAAGAGUCUCGAUAAAGUUGACAAGGACCUCCAAAAGAUUAGAGAAGUGUACCAACAAGAUAAGAACUUCCAGGAGUUCAUUCUCAACCCCACCCUCAAAGGAUCGAAGAAGAAGCAAACAGUGCUAAGCAUUGCUCAAAAACUUGGGUUGUCUAAGGAAUCCACAAACUUUUUGGGAGAACUUUUUGUUCAGGUAACAUCCGCUGAACCGCUCAGUAAGUCAUACGAAUCCGCCCUAAAUGAUGCUUUACACAAGAUGGCAAAAUCCGGACAAAAGUUGAACGUAACCUACAAUGUAAAGCCGUCGAUUUUGGGUGGCCUUAUCGUAAAUAUAGGAGAUAAGUAUGUUGAUCUAUCGAUUGCUUCCCGUGUAAAGAAACUCAAGGAAGUGCUAGUUGCGUCUGUUUAA